AAAAGAGAGAGGAAAGGUCAAUACCUCCUAAACCGUCGCUCAAUCUUGAGUGAGGGCGCAAAAACAAUAGCCAAGAGACCAUGACCAGUUCCUCCGCCGCCGCUCGCAAGGCGCUGAGCAGGAUAGCCGGUAAUCGGCUGCAGAAAGAGCUGGUGGAGUGGCAGCUCAACCCUCCUUCCGGUUUUAAACACAAAGUCACCGAUAAUCUCCAAAGGUGGGUAAUUGAAGUAAAUGGAGCUCCUGAAACUUUGUACGCCAAUGAAACCUAUCAGCUUCAGGUGGAUUUCCCUGAACAUUACCCUAUGGAAGCACCCCAGGUGAUAUUUCUUCAUCCGGCACCUUUGCAUCCACAUAUUUAUAGCAAUGGCCAUAUUUGUUUAGAUAUCUUAUAUGAUUCAUGGUCCCCAGCCAUGACAGUUAGUUCUAUCUGUAUCAGUAUUCUGUCCAUGCUAUCAAGCUCAACUGUGAAGCAAUGUCCUGAAGACAAUGACCGCUAUGUAAAGAACUGUAGAAAUGGCCGAUCUCCCAAGCAGACCAGGUGGUGGUUCCAUGAUGACAAAGUUUAAUUGCAUUAGCAUCUGUCUUGGGUCAAUUAGUUUAAUAACUAGAAUAGACAAACAGCUUCCUCAUUUAAGGAAAUGGAAACAAAAGGGAGAAAGCAAUCAAAGUUAAAUGAUUAUGCUGGUAUUUUGUAAAGAAAGAGAAAAGUGGGGCUUUCAGCUUUCUUUAGCAACUUGUAACGAACAAGUUCACUCAGCUAAUGGUGUUCAACCCGUGCGAGAGAUGCUUGGUGCACUGUAAGCACAUGAAUGAGAAACUGUAUCAUCAUCUUCUGAAA